AUGACGACAUCUUCGAAUCGAGAUCAUUUCUUUCAGACAUCCGCAUCUCUGGAUGACCAGGAGCGGAAAGAUGCCAAGGCCCAGAAUACCAAUGGUAGCCCUAUUCGACUACAAGGGAAGAUCCUAGCAGUUCAUUCAGACCCCUGGAACACUGGUUCGAUUUAUGUUGCCCAAAGUAAUGGCACCGUGAGAAGGAUUAUCCUUGCUACUGGAGAAACAGCUAGAGUAUUCACAGGUCCUAUGGCUCCCGUUACUUGUCUUUGCUUGAGUCCUGAUGGCAAGCUUCUGUUUGCUGGGUGUUGGGAUAAAGCUAUCUGGAGUUGGGACACGGCCACGGGCCAGCCACGCCAGAAGUACGAAGGCCAUACCGAUUUUGUUCGAACAGUUACCAGUGCAAGGCUGCUUGGAGACGAUCUACUUAUCUCCGGCGGUGCCGAUGCACAAGUCUUGGUGUUUAACAUCGCGAGUGGUGAGCGGUUGGAGACCUUCAAGGGCCAUUCUCGCGGUAUCCAGGACCUUGCCCUUGACCCAGAAUCAGAGAGUACUCAACCCAUCGUAUUCAGUGCGGGGAGUGAUCGGGAGAUUCGUCAAUUCAGUAUCUUUGGCGGGGGUAGUACUACUGACCCUCUCCUUCCACAUGAGACCAGUGUCUACAAGCUCUUUUUCGAUAAUGACGGUGAUCUCUGGACUGCUUCGGCUGACAAGACUGCCAAAUGUUUGGUUAGAGAGGAUGGGUGGAAGGCCAAUUUGACUCUCGAACAUCCCGACUUUGUCCGUGAUAUUGUCGUCUAUGAAACGGGAGGCUGGGUUGUGACUGCCUGUCGGGACGAGGAGGUUAGAGUGUGGAACCGAUCGACUGGAGCACUCUACCAUACUUUCUCUGGACACUUUGAGGAGGUCACUGGGCUGGUGCUUGUGGGGUCAACCAUUGUCAGCGUAGGAAUUGAUGCGACCAUUCGCCAAUGGCCCCUUCAACCUGAUGAGCUUCAGAGGGCAGUGGAACUUGCAAAGAAGCCUGCAGAAGAGGCGAAGAAAGAGGAUGAAAAGUCAGCUGAAUCGAUGCUAACGGCGGAGGAAGAGGCGGAGUUGGCCGAGCUAAUGGGAGAUGAUUAG